AGAAAUAGGGCGUUUUCCGAGCAAUCAGCAUAUGCAUUAAAAAUGGAGAUUCGUAGUUUUCAUGGCGACACGUUUCUCUCUCUCCUCUUGACCUCCUCUACUAAUCUCAAUCACUUCUCAUAUAUAUAACCUUCUUCCCCCUUUUUAUCACCAUCAUCUCUAGACCACAUUUCCUAUCUGGACAGCCAAUAUUCGCAGCAAUGGCGAGAGACCCAGUUAGAGUUUUGGUCACUGGUGCUGCCGGACAAAUAGGCUAUGCGAUUGUUCCGAUGGUUGCAAGGGGUGUCAUGCUAGGCCCUGAUCAGCCAGUAAUUCUACACAUGCUUGAUAUUGAACCUGCAGCUGAGGCCUUGAAAGGGGUGAAAAUGGAGCUGAUAGAUGCUGCCUUUCCUCUGCUUAAAGGAGUACUCGCUACUACUGAUGUUGUUGAAGCAUGUACGGGUGUCAAUAUAGCGGUUAUGGUUGGUGGAUUUCCCCGAAAAGAAGGAAUGGAGAGGAAGGAUGUGAUGUCCAAAAAUGUAUCUAUUUAUAAGGCUCAGGCUUCAGCCUUGGAGAAGCAUGCUGCUGCAGAUUGCAAGGUGCUAGUGGUGGCUAAUCCAGCAAAUACCAAUGCCCUUAUCUUGAAAGAAUUUGCACCUUCAAUCCCGGAGAAAAACAUCACAUGUCUUACUCGACUCGAUCAUAAUAGAGCAUUAGGCCAAAUCUCAGAAAGGGUAAAUGUUCAAGUUAGUGAUGUGAAAAAUGUCAUCAUAUGGGGAAAUCAUUCUUCAACUCAGUAUCCAGAUGUCAAUCAUGCUACUGUCAAUACCAGCAGCGGAGAGAAGCCUGUCAGAGAACUUGUUGCUGAUGAUAAAUGGUUAAACGGAGAUUUCAUCACCACAGUUCAACAACGGGGUGCAGCGAUCAUCAAAGCUCGAAAGCUAUCAAGUGCAUUAUCUGCUGCAAGUUCUGCUUGUGAUCACAUACGUGAUUGGGUUCUAGGCACACCGAAGGGAACGUGGGUUUCUAUGGGAGUAUAUUCUGAUGGUUCUUAUGGGAUCCAAUCCGGUCUUAUUUACUCUUUUCCUGUUACGUGCGAAGGAGGAAAGUGGUCUAUAGUCCAAGGGCUCAAGGUUGAUGAGUUUUCAAGGGAAAAGAUGGAUGCAACAGCAAAAGAGCUAAUGGAAGAGAAAUCCUUGGCUUAUUCAUGUCUGAAUUGAAAAUGCUUUCCUUUUUAUUUUAGGAGAAUAAUGAAAGAGGUUCUCCACAUCCAUGAAUAAUAGAAAUUAAGUGAAAACCAUUUGUAAUUUUGUAAUUAGAUAAUGCGUGAUGAAAAAUAAGCUUCUAAACAUUCUCUUUUCUC